UAGGAGUGAGCGUGACCUGCUUCCUGUGCGCUGACUCUGGAUCAGCUCUCUCAGAGAGAUUACGGUACUUCAGCUGUGUGCUCUGCUAACGUCAGAAACCAGAAGACCCGCUGAAAUUCAAAGUCUGAGGAGGAGACUGAAACUUAAAACAAACACGGAGGUUGUUUUCUGCUUUCUGUCAGUUGGGUUUCAACUGUUUCACACAGACUGGACUUUCAGCUCUUCAGGUGAGACAUCCACAGGCUCACUCUGUGCACGUUCAUCAUGGAAGCUGGCGAGGAAAACAGUGGCAACAACAACUUGAAGAGACAGAGAGUACCUCUGUCAGAUUCAGAAGAUAAUGUCUUCACUCAGUCAGAGGACAAAGAUGGCCAGAAGCGGCGGCGUCUGGAGGCAGCCGGUCAGGAGAACCGGAGUCCUAAACCAUCCACUUCUGGACGCAGAGCAGAGCUAGAGGCAAAGGCGGACACACCGAUCGUCCCCUCGGUCCGGUCCCGACUCCACUUGCUCACGCAGAGACAAGAAGGGAUCGCUCCUCUGGCCCAGCGCUGCCUGUCUGAUCCUGGUGCUGUCAGCUCAUCCAUCAUCAUCCCAGAUAAAGGCUUCAGAGAGCCUCUCCUUGGUGAGGGGGAAUUUAAUCAGCGAUUGGAGCGCUUCAAAGUGCCGGUCUUCCAGGCCAGCCCGACUCCCUUGCAGAGCUCUACCAACCCCGGUCUCAGGACCUGCUCCAACUUUGUGUCUGGCAUUCAAAACAAACUCCAGGGCAGCACAACACCGAGCUCCAAGCAGGCUGUCCGCAUGCGCCAGGAACGAGAGCAGGAGUUGAACCAGUUGCCGUUUCAACCAAUCAGUGAGAAUGCCUGGCUGAAAAGGAGCAGCUCUGAUCCCUCUUUAACUCAGGGAAGGACCCCUCCUGGACCCUCAUAUCCUCCCUGCUGGGUCCCCAGGUCUAUCAGGGGAGUUUGUUGGCCUCCCAUGAAACCCUGGGAUCAGGCUGCUGAUAAUGCAGAGAUGAAAGACGACAGCUUCACUGACGCUACAACAUCGAGCGCCAAGAAGCAGUGUUCAGAUGAGACAGGUAAGAGGCCACGCUGUGACUCUGAUGUCCCGGCAGCACCUGCAGGGCCUGAAAACUCCAAUGAUCAGCUCAAAAUCGAACAAAUGGAACAAAAUACUCCUCUGAGAGAAGAAGUAGGGGAAGAGAUGGGCUGCAAGGCUUCAUUUGGAAGUGAAACCCAUUUAAUGCCCCCAAAAUCCCAAACCCAGACUGUGUUGAUGCUUUCUUUUAGCGAGGAUCAGAGUUUCUCCGGCGUGCCUCUUGGCGAGGAGCAGAACGUGUCAGAGUUGCCUACAGGAGAGAGCAUGCUAGAGUGUGCUUCUAUAGAGGAGUUCAACACAAAGAGAGCCGUCAAGAUUUGUGGAGAACAUGAAAAGGCGAGGUCUGAGGUGGUUUCAUUUGAAGAAGUAGAAAAUAACUGUUCUUCACACCAUGAAGAAAGGAUGGAGAUGUCAACAGAUGAGGAGACGCGGUCGUGGAGAUAUCCUGCAGAGUGCAAGGAGGAGUCUAUUGUAGCUCAACAACAGGAAGGAGGAGAUGUGUGUGCUGAAGAGGAGGAGGAAGAAGAGAGAGGAGGUAGAGUUGUAGAUGACAGAGAGCCCUCGGACCUCCUGUAUGGUGAAGGGGAUUUAGGGAGCGUCUCUGCUGAGAUUGCAGAUUCAUCUGAAAUGAUGGAAGAUGAGGAAGAGGAGGGAGACAUACUGGAGUCAGAGAGCUGUGGAGGUGACCAGUGUACAGAAAAUAUGGAGUCCGGCUCAGACUGCAGUGAGGGAGACAUCAAAGGAGAUACCUUUACAACAGGACCAGACAAGAACAACACAGAAGCGUGUACUGAUGAGGAGGAAGUUAGAGUACAGUCAAACGAGGAGCAGACAGUUGUUGAUGUAGAGUCAGACAACUUGAGCAGUGAAGUGAAACACACCCAGAGUCAGAGAGAGGUCCAGGCUUCAGACAUCUGCGUGGAGACAGAGGAAACUGAGCGAGCUGAGAUGGAUGAAAGGCAGGGUGAUGAAGAAGAAGAGGAAGAGGAGGGAGGGAGCAGCUCAAAGAAAGUCUCCUUUAUCCUGGAGCAUAAGCUGAUCAGUGACCCGACCCCCUCUGAGGCUGACACCUCCACAGAGUCCAGGAUAGAGAGGAGUACAUCAGAUUCUGAACAGAGCUCUCACGAUGAGACCAACACCGCCGAAAUAAUUGACCAGAUGUUUGAAGAAGUGCUGGAAUACGCUGGAAGGAUUGAGGAGGAGAGGAUAAAUCAUGAAGACAUCGAGGACCGUGACAGUGGCAUUGGAGCCUGCUCCAGUGAUAACAUGAAGGAGUCAGAGAAGGAGAAGAGUGAAGCACAGGACGAGGUCAAAGCGGAAGAAGAGAGUGAAGAUGAAGAUGACAUGCUGACUCUUCCUCCCAGUGCUAUCCUCUCACCUCUCAGCAAGUCUGUGGAGGCUGUGGUCACCCCUCUGAGAAUGGUGGAGAGCCAGGAGUCCAACCCUCCAUCUCUACUCCUGACCCCAGAGGACACCACCACCCCACCUGUUGAAUCUGCUCUUCUGUACAGUAUUGAUGCCUACCGCACACAAAGACAGAGCAAGCCAUCCACUGUUCAGAACGUCACUCCUGAGGUUCAGAGACAAGCCCCGGAGAAAUCCCAACUUCAGCCCUCCGUCAACUUCAAAGAGAAACUCAAGGAUCUAAAUGAAGAAGCGGGGAAGCUGCAGACCGUGAUCAGCCAGACGCUGCAGGCUCUGAGCUGCUGCACCGAUGAAGAGCACGGACAAGGCUCGCUGGUGGAGGCCGAGGCUGAGAAACUUCUGUUGGUGUCCUGUGAGAAGCGCUCUGCCCUGCUGGCAGAAAUGGCCAGGCUGAGGGAGGAGAGGAACUCAGGGUCAGGAGAGAACAAGGACUCUAUUUCCCAGAUGCCCUGCAGAGGGACUGUCAGCAUCACAAACAUCCGGCUGCCUCUGAAGGUGGAAUAUGUGUGCUCUUCACUCAACCGCUCAGGGCGGCCGAGUCAUUAUUUCUUCAUCCUGAUCCGCUAUGGACCCUGCAACAUCGUCGCCACACCGUUGGCCACGGCUUCUGACGCCAAGAACGGAGACACAAUCUCCUUCCCCACUUCUGUCACACUGAAGGAUAUUCGCUCAACCUUUGAGAUUGAUGUGGAGGUCUACAGCCUGUCAAACAGCUCGGGUAACAACUGCACCAUGGACCGGCCCACCACCAAGUCACGGGUCACGCCGAGAAAGCUGCUGAACACCAUCACGAGAUCCAGCAACAGUCUGACAACUGCUGCUCCUCCUGCACUCAGCACUCGCCAUUCCAGUAACUUCAGUCUGGUUGGGUCUCAUAAGAUCUCCUUGGCUUCAUUGGGUCACAGCAAGUUCCCUCUUGAUAAGAUGAAACUUGAAGGCAAAAUCAGACGGCUGCUGGGAGAUGAAUUUCAGGAAAAGGUGCCUUUUCUCUCUCCUCUAGAGGGCAACAUCUACCUCAGCCUGGACAUUAAAAGUCACUCUGAUGUUCAGCAUCAAGGCUUCCUGACCAUGUUUGAGAUGAUCGGUGGGUUUGGGGUCUGGCAUCGCCGAUAUUUUGUCCUGGAGGGAUGUGACAUGUUCUACUGGAACCACCCAAACGACAGAGAAGCGAAGGGAGCAGAGGGCAGCGUUUCUCUGUCCAGCUCCCACAUUCAGUGUGUCAGGCCUGUCAAGAGGGACUCGUGUGCCAGACCCUUCACCUUUGACCUGGUUAGCAACGCCCCGCAGCAGCAGCAGGACAACAGCCAGCAAGCUUUGGCCAAGUGCUGGUUUUCAGCUGACACCAAACAGGAGAGACUGGACUGGAUGGAGAAACUCAACCAAGUUCUGUUGGACUAUCACACAUGGACCCGCGCUUCAGAGAGUCAGCAGUGGACAGAGUCCAGCAGUGGGAACCUGAGGGAGAGCAUACUGUAACUCCAUCAAUGGGCUGAUGGUUUAAAUGUGAUGUCUUACAGCUUCUGACACAAGAACUAUUCUGUCUCAGAGCUGGUCGUGCUUUUCUGCUGAAGUGAUUCUUAACAAACGGCGAAGCAUCACGUUAUAUUCUCUUGAUUUAUCUUCAUCCUUUCUUCUAACAUGAACUGCUAAGCUUCUGUUAGAGAUAUUAUUUGCUCCCUCACAGACGUGAAAGCAGAACUCUUGUAGCCUAUGUACACACACAUUUAGAGUCGAUGUGUUUUUGAGUUGUUUGAACUGGAAGGAUGAACAAGUUUGUGUAGACUCACUAAUGAAUGUUGAUUGUGAAGGAGAUCUCUAACAGAGCAAUUUAGAGUAAGAAUGUAUGAAACACUACAGUUUAUUCAAAUAUAGAAGGAUUUCUUGAUUUCUGACAAACACAGUGUCUGUCUCUGUGGAUGUGGAGCAAUGCCUUUGAGAUGUUUGUGAUUUGAUCUAACAACAUCUCUGUCUUUAUAAUAUUAUAAUUUGUCUCUGUCCCUCUUGAUGGUGAAACAUGUCACCAGUGCCUUGGGGAUACUUUGUGUCACUGCACAUGAACAUAGCAUAUAUUUACAUGAUUAGAGGUAUAUAUAUUGUGUGUGUGGUAUGGUGGAUGAGAUACUGGUUAGGUAAAAGAGGGAAGUGUAAAGGUGCUGCUAUAAUUCCUGAAGUCUGUACUGUUUGAUAUCCUGUUCUUUUCUUUCUUUGUGUAUUUCCACCUGUCAGUCUAUCCCUUUGUUUCUCAUGUCAGCUCUAACUCUAUGCACCUGAGAGAAGGUAGCUAUUAAAUAAAUGGAUUGAAAUGGCUACAAAAA